AUGUUUGAAAUAUUUAUCACAAACAAAUAUAUUCAAAUAAGCGAACUUGUCAAUUCGGUAAAAAUAGUGAAAACAUUAACUCCAUCAUCAUCAUCAUCAUCAUCAUCAUCAUCAUCAUCAUCAUCAUCAUCAUCAUCAUCAUCAUCAUCAUCAUCAUCAUCAUCAUCAUCAUCAUCAUCAUCAUCAUCAUCAUCAUCAUCAUCAUCAUCAUCAUCAUCAUCAUCAUCAUCAUCAUCAUCAUCAUCAUCAUCAUCAUCAUCAUCAUCAUCAUCAUCAUCAUCAUCAUCAUCAUCAUCAUCAUCAUCAUCAUCAUCAUCAUCAUCAUCAUCAUCAUCAUCAUCAUCAUCAUCAUCAUCAUCAUCAUCAUCAUCAUCAUCAUCAUCAUCAUCAUCAUCAUCAUCAUCAUCAUCAUCAUCAUCAUCAUCAUCAUCAUCAUCAUCAUCAUCAUCAUCAUCAUCAUCAUCAUCAUCAUCAUCAUCAUCAUCAUCAUCAUCAUCAUCAUCAUCAUCAUCAUCAUCAUCAUCAUCAUCAUCAUCAUCAUCAUCAUCAUCAUCAUCAUCAUCAUCAUCAUCAUCAUCAUCAUCAUCAUCAUCAUCAUCAUCAUCAUCAUCAUCAUCAUCAUCAUCAUCAUCAUCAUCAUCAUCAUCAUCAUCAUCAUCAUCAUCAUCAUCAUCAUCAUCAUCAUCAUCAUCAUCAUCAUCAUCAUCAUCAUCAUCAUCAUCAUCAUCAUCAUCAUCAUCAUCAUCAUCAUCAUCAUCAUCAUCAUCAUCAUCAUCAUCAUCAUCAUCAUCAUCAUCAUCAUCAUCAUCAUCAUCAUCAUCAUCAUCAUCAUCAUCAUCAUCAUCAUCAUCAUCAUCAUCAUCAUCAUCAUCAUCAUCAUCAUCAUCAUCAUCAUCAUCAUCAUCAUCAUCAUCAUCAUCAUCAUCAUCAUCAUCAUCAUCAUAUUUUUAG